CAUGAGUAAAGGCCGGGCGGAAGCCGUGGCGGGAGCCUCCGGGAUCCUGCUGAGGUACCUACAGGAGCAGAACCGGCCCUACAGCGCCCAGGACGUGUUCGGGAACCUGCAGCGGGAACACAGACUGGGCAAGGCGGCGGUGGUGAAGGCGCUGGAUCAGCUGGCCCAACAAGGCAAGAUCAAAGAGAAGAUGUACGGCAAGCAGAAGAUAUACUUUGCUGACCAGGAACAAUGUGACAUGAUCAAUGAUGCUGACCUCCAAGUCCUGGAUGCCAAAAUCGUGGCCCUCACUGCUAAGGUGCAGAGCUUGCAGCAGAGCUGCCGCCACAUGGAGGCUGAGCUGAAGGAGUUAACUAGUGCCCUGACCACACCGGAGAUGCAGAAAGAGAUCCAGAAGGUAAAGAAGGAAUGUGCUGGCUACACAGAGAGACUGAAGAACAUCAAAGCGGCCACCAACCACGUGACUCCAGAAGAGAAAGAGCAGGUGUACAGAGAGAUGCAGAGGUACUGCAAGGAGUGGAGGAAGCGCAAGAGGAUGGCAACAGAGCUGUCUGAUGCAAUCCUUGAGGGAUACCCCAAGAGCAAGAAGCAGUUUUUUGAGGAAGUUGGGAUAGAGACAGAUGAAGAUUACAACCUCAAGCUCCCAGAUCCCUGAGGCCCUCCGGCAGGCCUGGGAACAGAGA